AUGGACGAAUACAAGCCCCCACCUCUCCCUUCUCCCUUCAACAACACCUCCCCCCCACCAAUCCUCCUCACCCAAGGCGCAGAAGCCCAUCUCUACAAAACCAUCUCCCUCAACCCCUCCAUCCCCGCCGCGCUGAAGAUCCGCCCCUCAAAGCCCUACCGCCACCCAAUUCUCGACCGCCGACUGACCCGCCAACGCAUAACCCAAGAAGCCCGAUGUCUCGCGAAACUCGUGCGCGAGGGCGUGAGCGUCCCCGCCCUGCUAGCCCUGGACUGGGAAGGACACGGCGGCGAGGAAGGCGGGUGGGGCGGCGCCUGGCUGAUGAUGGAGUGGAUUGAGGGGCCUGUGGUGCGCGUGGUUCUCGAGCAGUGGGAGGCAUGGAUGAAAAAGAACCAGGCCUCGUUGGAUCAAGCGCAGAUCGAGAAAGAAGAGGCGCGUGUGUGCGAUUUGCUGAGGAGAAUGGGCUCCGCGAUCGGUAUCCUGCAUAAGGCUGGUGUUGUGCAUGGUGAUUUGACUACGAGUAAUCUCAUGUUGCGCCCGUCUACUACAGGUGCUGUGGAUGAGACUGGAUCGCCUGCGAUGGAGGGUGAUGUCGUGCUUAUUGAUUUCGGUCUUGCGUCGCAGAGUAGCCAGGAUGAGGAUCGCGCGGUGGAUUUGUAUGUCCUGGAGCGUGCGAUUGGGAGCACACAUCCCCGCUCGGAGCCUUUGUUCGAGGCGUUGAUUCUGGGGUACCGGGAUAGCUACAAGGGUGCUCCUUCGACGCUGAAGAGGCUUGAGGAUGUGCGUAUGAGAGGACGGAAGAGGAGCAUGCUUGGUUAA